GUGGUUGGGCUGCGCGGCGGGCGCUCGCGGGCUCUGUGCGAUUGGAAUAUGGUUGGGGAAAUGGAAACCAAGGAGAAGCCGAAGCCGAGCCCCGAUUACCUGAUGCAGCUGAUGAACGACAAGAAGCUGAUGAGCAGCCUCCCCAACUUCUGCGGGAUCUUCAACCACCUCGAGAGGUUGCUGGACGAAGAAAUUAGCAGAGUACGGAAAGACAUGUAUAACGACACAUUAAAUGGUAGUACGGAGAAGAGAAGUGCAGAAUUACCAGAUGCUGUGGGACCUAUUGUACAGUUACAAGAGAAACUAUAUGUGCCUGUAAAAGAAUAUCCAGAUUUCAAUUUUGUGGGAAGAAUCCUUGGUCCCAGAGGACUAACAGCUAAACAGCUUGAGGCAGAAACAGGAUGCAAGAUAAUGGUCCGAGGAAAGGGCUCAAUGAGGGACAAAAAGAAGGUCUCCUUUAAGAGCAGAGGCAACCUUGAUCCAGCAGUUUUGGAGGUAGAGGAGGAACAAAACAGAGGCAAGCCCAACUGGGAACACCUGAAUGAAGAUUUACAUGUACUAAUCACUGUGGAAGAUGCUCAAAACAGAGCAGAAAUCAAAUUGAAGAGGGCUGUUGAAGAAGUGAAAAAAUUACUGGUACCUGCAGCAGAGGGGGAAGACAGCCUUAAAAAGAUGCAGCUAAUGGAACUUGCAAUUCUGAAUGGCACCUACAGAGACGCCAACAUCAAAUCACCAGCCCUUGCCUUUUCUCUUGCAGCGACAGCCCAGGCUCCAAGGAUUAUUACUGGGCCUGCGCCUGUUCUCCCCCCAGCUGCCCUGCGUACUCCUACGCCAGCUGGCCCUACCAUAAUGCCUUUGAUCAGACAGAUACAGACCGCUGUCAUGCCAAACGGAACUCCUCAUCCAACUGCUGCAAUAGUUCCUCAAGGACCUGAAGCUGGUUUAAUUUACACACCCUAUGAGUAUCCCUAUACACUGGCACCAGCGACAUCAAUUCUUGAGUAUCCUAUUGAACCUAGUGGCGUAUUAGGUGCGGUGGCUACUAAAGUUCGAAGGCACGAUAUGCGUGUCCAUCCUUACCAAAGGAUUGUGACCGCAGACCGAGCUGUUCAGCUGCCUUGGCAAUGGUUGCAACUAUAAAUCAUUGAACUGAAAAUAAUAAAUAUUGGAAUCAUCUCACCUUCUACUGAAACACAGACACUUCUUUGAUGCCGCCACCGGCAACUAACCUAUGACCUUCUGACCUCUGAACUCUUCACCCAAUGAUGACCUGACCAUGCCUGCCUGCUGAUCAGUUAACUGGUAAUCGCCUUUGCUUGCCUGUCUUCAGUGCAGCGAGCUGAGGCACUUGUCCGUUCGUCUUACCAUCUAACAAAAAAGACAAAGAAAUUAUUGUCCUCCAACUCAGCUUUUUUUUCCUGUUUGGGUGAAAGUGGUUCUAGAACCUGCACUGAAUAGUAGUAAAGCAAUAAGGUCCAAUUCAUCCCUCAGCACUGAUCAUCCUUUAGUGUCCCACCCUAAACGAACGGUAAGAAGGCCUCACUUAAGUGAUGGAGACAGAUGUCCCUUAACUACCCGAUAACAGAGGCAGUUACUGUGAGCGACUUCUAGGAAUCUUUUUCUUCUCAUAAUGAAGUCAAAGCUCUCUUUGAAUGUACUGUGUGAUGAUGCAUCAUGCAUGAACCUUUGGUCAGGGAUGUCAUUGGUGAAGGGAUUCCAAAAAGUAUUCAAAAUUUGACUUGCUGUUUAGUCACUACCAGUGCCCUCAAAGGGCAAAAGUUGCAGCCUUUUUUCUAUUGCCUGCCAAAUUGGAUGUUUUAAAAGAACGUGUGCCAUGAAAGAUAGAUUUCAGUGAAUUUUCAGAACUAUGUUAAUGCAAAGAACAAAACAGCAACACUAUGAAAGCAAAAUCUGAGUUAAGAUUACUUUAACCAUAUUUAAACUUUCUUAAAAGAUUACAUGAGAACAAGGUACAUGCAUUAUGUGUCACAUUACUGGGCAAACUGUUCAAAUAUUUUUUUUAAACCUCCCUGUAUAGAAAAAUUUCAUUAAGGAUGUAAAAGCCAUGCUUGCCUAUUUGCUGUAUACAUGUAAUGAAAUUGUAGAUAAAGUGUAGUGCAUUGAAACAAAAUGAACAAAAAAGUAGAUACUUUUACUAUACAAGGGUGCUGGUGCAGAAAAAAUAUAUUUUUGGAAAUGUAGCAUUUUAUACUUUCAAGUGUUAUAAAAAAAAAAAGAAAAAAAGAACAAAGAAACAACCCUUUAUUUCAUUAAAUGAUUUUUUCUGGUGGUUGUCAAGAAACAAAAGACCAAAAGAGCCUUUUUGUCUUUCUUUUUUAUUUUUUAAGUAUUGGAAUAAGUCUAAAGAAAAGGAAGUGCCUUAUUUUCUUCAUGGUCAUUUAGUCAACUGUCUCGUAUAAUCAGCUCCUCCCUCAGACAACAAGUUAAUGCAUGCCACUUAGUCGCCCAGUAAGUGAAAAGAAGCUGGGAAAGGAAGACAAAUGAGUUGACCGUUUGAAAUACCUGAUUUUUGCCAUAGUAGCAUGAUGCAACUUUGCCAAAUCUUACAAUGUGAAACGUUUGAUAAUUUUUCUAUCAAAUGCUGGCCCCUAUUAGUCUUGCAACAUUUUCACCAUCUCAAACCAUAGUUAACAUAUUUUGUUUCAUGUACUUGCUCAAUCUAAACCAAAGGGUUCUGACUCAUUCUAAAUCAGAGCAUUAGCUGACUCAUGUUUAUAGGGCAGCAAGUGUUCCAUUUUGUUCAGGGGAUGGCGUGGAGUUGUCUUGAUUUGAAAUAUUGACAAGUAUAGCAGACCUUGUACUUGUCCACAGAAUAAAGUUUGGUGGAUAAUGAAAUUGAACAUGUUUAACUAAUUUUAAGUCUGACCUAAGCAUGUCCCAGUAUUUUGUAAGCAGCUCCCACAGUGUCAAAUAGUGUAUAAGAUAUUCAAUUCUCACAAUAUUGAUUGUUUGUUGCUUUUUAUUCAAAAGAAAAGCAGGAAAGAUUCAUCAACUAACUAUUUAAAAAUUCAUCUAUAGUUCAGUAUUAUCUUUUAGCGCCACAUGAAAUUCAUGUAGCUAGACCAGCAUAACAGCUGAGAAGCUUUUUUGAAUAGUGUUGAAUUCUGAAAAUAUUGAGCAAGUAUCAGUUUGCUAAUGGCUCAGUAUUAGACUUGGCAAAUAUCAGGUGAUAAUUUAUUUCCCCUCUUGUCAACUUAUUCUCCUCCUGCAAACCUCCAUAGCUUCCAAAUCAAAGGUCAAUAGUAAGCUAAGAAAGAGGGCUUACGGUUUAAGCACCUGUAUGGUGACCUCAUCUAGCAUCUUGUCUCACCUGGAAACAAUUAUCAGUUUAUUUACUAUGCAAUAGACAUUCAUCCUUUUGUAUUCAGCUAGCUUUUGUUUAUCGUGCCACCAGCUUUGUCUUCCUGUUACACAUACAGUUGUUUUGACUUAAUUUACAGUAUAUAUGCUGUGCCAUUUUGAUUUUUGUUUGGUUGGUUGAAUAAACCUGCGACACUCAAACAUUUGAGAAGAGAUUUGCUAAAACAAUACCAGUAUUUGAUCCAGAUUCAUCUCAACUAUGAUAAACCUGGACAUUUUUAGAUGUUUAUCAAAUGGGGGAAAGUUACGUGUAUGAAAUAGAAGUGUGACAUGUAAUAGUAAUGUUUGCUCUGAAUGAACAAACUUUUGAAAACAUAGUUGACAAAAUUUUGGAUCAACUUAAAAAAAAAAAGCAUGACUUUUGAAAUCUCUGAAUGCCUUGGUUCUCAGUAUUAUAAUUCUUUAUUGAAUUUUUCUUUAUUAAAAUAUGUAGUUUUAAGACUUCUUUCUGACAGUAUUAUGUAAUUUUUUUAGAGUGGGUAGAUGGGAGUGUCGCUUGUAUGUAACAGUACAGAUGACAUGUAUUUGUCUAUUCUUUAUUAUCUUAGUAGUUUCAUGCUGUGUAUGUAUCAUAACCAACCUAUUGCCUAUGAGAAACAUGUAAGAUAAUGUAUUUACAGCCAUUGUUACAAGUUUAUAAUGUAUUUUUCUAUCUUGUUUUAUAUGUAUGUUAUAUAAAACAUUCAAUUUUUUUCCUGAUUGAGAAAAAAAGGAUACAAAAAUGCAAAACCCACAAUUUUGAUAACUGAAAAUUGCCAAUUGUUUUGCAGUACUUUAUUAUAUUGGGAGUGUUGUCUUUCUUGGGCUUUUAGUUAGCUACUGGAUGAAUACAUUAGACAUAUUUGGGUUUUAGUUGGGUUUUUACAUAGCUUGCAUUUUAAUUCUUUGGUUCUUUGCUGUUUCUAUUAACCCAUAGCAUUAUUUUAAUAAAUGUUAUAAUACCAACCUACUAA